GAUUCGUUCGGGGGAGCUGAUCUCGCGCUUGAAAAAUCCCUGAUAUUUGAGGCGCUCCAGACCAGGGAUUGCGUUGAGCAUGCGUAGAGCGUGCCCAGUCACCGCAGCGCAGCGACGGCCCCCUCGCAGCAGAGGAAACCGCUGGUGUAGCGUAGGAGUCAUACCAAGCAUAGCCUGCGUGUCAGUGCAGUCGACUUACAGCUGGCUGUGAGGACAACUGACGCUUCUUUUUUUUAAAUUGUCAAACAAUACGAUUUUGUUGUUGUUGUUUUGAAAGUGUCUAAAGAAGUUAUUUGACUUAUGAAAAAGGUGAAUUUUUGUGUUUUUUGGUAAUUCGAGGAAAGUUAGAGGCUGGGCCUUUGGCUGUUUUGACUGUGGGAGCCACACGCAUACGUUUCAAUUUGAGCAGCUAAAUUGGGGUCUUUUUCCCUUUCUACUACGAUAAAUGCUUCUUACGAAAAUGGAUCUUUUGAACUACCAGUACCUGGACAAAAUGAACAACAAUAUUGGCAUUCUCUGCUACGAAGGUGAGGCAGCGCUGAGGGGGGACCCCAGACUCCAGUCCCUCUCCUUGUCCUCGUCGUCUUCGUCCUCGUCGUCCUCUUCUUCGUCGUCUUCAUCCUCCAGCCACAGGACAGGCCCUCCCCCCAUCAGCCCCACCAAGAGAAAGAUGAGUGGGGACCAAGCCGACAGCGACAUGGACGACAAUGAACACGUAGUCAAGAUGAGCCGCCUGUUCGCCGCACAACUGAAGCCGAACGGAGAGUACCGCGGCAUCAGCUCCAAGGACCGCAGCCGGAGCCCCAUCGAGAGGGUGGUGCUGGGGCCCGGCGCCCUCGGUAUCCAUGGCAACCACCUGUACAGCCACAUCCACUACCCCCACCUGCACCAUCAACACCAGCAGCACCACCAACAGCAGCAGCAGCACCACCACCACCACCACCACCAGCACCACCAACACCUGGCCAGCCUGGCCAGCAUGGACCAGCCGCUGGCGCUCACCAAGCACAGCGUGGCGGCGGCCGACUCCACGCGCGGCGGGCCGCUCAACAUGAGCACCAGCGCCGCCCACGCCGUCACCAGCAGCAGCACUGUGGAGCGCCAGCAGAAUCGUCCGUCAGUGAUCACAUGUGUGCCGGCAAGCAACCGCAACUGUAACCUUUCCCACUGUCCCAUCUCUCACAACGGCUGCUCCAGUCUCAGCAAUAACUACAAGCGAGCCAACACCAACACGACGCCGUGCGACCCGGUGAUCGAGGAGCACUUCCGCCGCAGCCUGGGCAAGAACUACAAGGAGCCGGAGCCGGCCGCCGCCAACUCGGUGUCCAUCACGGGCUCGGUGGACGACCACUUCGCCAAGGCCCUGGGGGACACCUGGCUACAGAUCAAGAACAAGGGCAGCCCCUCCUCCAGCAACAGCAGCCCAAACUCCUCCCCCAACAGCCACAUGGUCAACCACAACCACUCCCCCUCGGUGGUCUCUUGAGAAGCCCCCCCCUGCCGUCGUCGCCACACCCCCGCCCCCAACCAACCCCCGGUCCGUUUGGUCUGUCUCCAGGAGAGAUUCGCUGGCCUGAUGAUCUACCAGACCCAAACCCCCCCCUCGAACCGUUUUCUGUUUUGUUUCUCUCUCUGCACCUGUAGAGGAUCACCUGAGAAUAUGUUUUGUCUGAGCGUUUUCCGUUUUAUUUCCUUUUCUUUUUUUCUUUUACGUUGUGUAACUGCCGAUGCUAAUGCUAGACGCGGUUCAGUAACCCCACAUUUGAGGGGAUUUGGGUUUUGACUUUCUUUUUGGGGGGGUUUUGACUUUUCUAAUCAACAUUUUGGUUUUCUCCCUGUGAACAUUCACCCCCCCCCCCCCCAUGACAAGUUUGGAGCCGCGAGCUGAUGUUUAUACCGUGUACAUAACGAGGGGAAGGGAGAUGUGUGAUGUAAUUUUGACUUUGUUUGUUUAACUGUUGUUGUUUUUUUCCUCGUUAGUUUUGAGUACUGCCUUUUUCUUUUCUUUUGCAUUACGAGUCUCUUGAUAUAUUUGGGAAAGAAAGAAUAAUGAAACACCUGGUGAUGUCGGAGAGAAGGAUCACAAACCACCUGAUUGUGCUACCAAAGAAACCUCAGAUGCAGAUCUUAAAAAGCCCCUCCCUCCAAAAGUAGACUCCCUAUGUUUGUCUGUGUGUGUUAAGCUAAGCGAUGUCGAACCAUCCCACACACAAUAGUUACAAUAGCGGUAGUUUAGAACAAAAAAGCAGAACAACACUCCAUCACGUCCUGUAUCCAUUGGACCAGCUCUCGCUGCAUUGUUCAGGAAUGGACUUCUCAGAAUGUCCUCCAGCAAGCCCGUAUAAAAUCCCACCAAUUGAUGGUGGAUUAUAUUAAGGAGAAUUAGGAAGUGCACUACAACCGAUUUGUACACUUUUAUACACUACAAAAUUGUGGCACUUCAUUUUAUAGGGACCAUGUGGACCAAUUGGAGCACGGCCCUUGAGAACGAUUACCCAGGAGG